ACUUUUCACCCAGUUUUUGCUUUCAGUGCCAAUUUUAACCUGUGCUAGUGAAUUUCAAGUGCCACAGUCAACAUAGGAUUAUUCUAGCAAACUAAACGACAGACAGCCAAUAUGAGGCGUCUUAACUUCCUAUUUGUAAUUGCAUUUGUCUCACUGAAUGUGGCCCAAGGGCAGAAUUUGCUGUUCCAAGAUGAAGUGGAAAUCCUGGCCAAAGAGCUGAACCAACUGGCCGUGAGUGCGACCAACGAACGAGGAGCUCGACAGGACGGCCGUCAGCGGGGCUAUGCGUACCAAGUGCCCGUAAACCCUCUUCCUCAACCCUCAAACGUGGCAGUGGCCAGGCGACCCGAUCCUGAGCACCACCACCACGACGACCACCAUGGCGCUCACUCGCACACCCACCUCACCAGGCUGGAUGUCACGUGCGAUAACGGUGGCAUGAGGGUGGAACUGGAAUUUGACGGGCCAUACAAUGGGAUCGUGUAUAGCAAGGGUCAUUUUAAAGAUCGCAAGUGCAGAUAUGUCAAUAAAGACAGCGCAAGAGGAGAUUUCAAUUUUCUAGUGCCGAUGAACUCUUGUGGUACCAUUGGCGAAGACAGGCGCGAUGACCAUGAAACUAUCCUUAUAUUCCAGAACGAAGAGUCCGUCCAAGAAGUGUGGGACGUUGCUAAACGCGUCCGGUGUCCCACGGUGGAGCGCAAGAAAAUCAUCAAAACCGUCUCUUUUAACCCCUUUACCGUUGCCCGAUUGGAAAUCGAAGACCAGCCCAUCCAGAAAGCCACUGAGACUAAUAUCGAGUGCUGGAUGGACAUCCAGGUCGGCGACAACCCCUGCGGUUCGCCUGUCAAGGACAGGGUCAAGAUCGGUGACCAACUGAGUGCGGUCAUCUACGUUAAGGACGGAGGCGCCCAGUACGACAUCCUGGUCAAAGACUGCUAUGCCCACGACACCGAAAAUUUGAACGCUCGCAACGCUUCGUCCGUUCAACUCUCCGACGGCAGGGGUUGCCCGAGGAAAGAAAAACUGAUGGGCAUCUUCCGCAAGAGCCAGCAAACCUGUUCCUCAGGAGCGGACAUCGUGGCCUUUGCGCCAAUCAGCGCCUUCAAGUUCGCCGAUCGUCCGGAUGUCUUCCUGACCUGCAUUGUUGAACUCUGUCCGGGCGGAUGUGACCAGUGCGAGUCCCCCUCUUCAGUUAUCAACACCAUCCGGGAGGCUCCUUUCAAAUGCACCCCUAACUUAGUCGGCAUCGACUCCAGGUGUCCGGCUCCGACCACCCCAAGACCAACCCCCUUCGUCUGCACCCCUGAUAAAAUUGGUCGCGAUCGUCGUUGUCCGGCCCCAACCACUCCAUUCGUCUGCACCCCCGCCCUGGUCGGUCGGGACGUUAGGUGUCCAGCACCAAUCACCACUACGCAAAGAACAACCACCCCAUUUGUUUGCACCCCGGAAAGAAUAGGCCGUGACCGUCGGUGUCCAGCUCCUCGAACAACCACUCAAUUCAGUUGUACCCCUGAACUUAUCGGGGUUGAUUACAGGUGUCCGGCGCCAACAACUAUCAGGACCACAACUCAAUUUAUCUGCACCCCUGAUAAAGUUGGACGAGAUCGUCGUUGUCCAGCUCCUCGAACAACUACUCAGUUCAGUUGCACCCCUGACCUCAUCGGGGUUGAUUACAGAUGUCCGGCACCAACAACCGUCAGGACCACAACUCAAUUUGUCUGCACUCCUGCUUUAGUCGGACGUGACCCAAGGUGUCCGGCUCCAACAACCACUACACAAAGAACAACUACCCCAUUUGUCUGCACCCCUGAUAAAAUUGGACGAGAUCGUCGUUGUCCAGCUCCCAGAACAACUACCCAAUUCAGCUGUACCCCUGACCUGAUCGGGGUUGAUUACAGGUGUCCGGCACCUACAACCGUCAGGACCACAACGCAGUUUGUUUGCACUCCAGCCUUAGUAGGACGCGACCCCCGCUGUCCCGCACCCUCGACAACUACCCAGUUUGUCUGCACUCAAGCCUUAAGAGGCAAAGACCCACGGUGUCCCGCCCCAACCACCACUCCUGCACCCACCACCCGAUUUGUCUGCACACCUCAGCUGGAGGGAAACGAUCCGAGGUGUCCAGCUACAGGCGCUUCCUUCGACCGCAACCCCUCCCGAAAGGGCAUCUGUGAGUUUAACCCCACUGCUCCUGGAUGUGGAAUUUCAACUGAAGGCCUGCAGCACCAUGCCUUCCACAAGUGGCAGGCGGUGACUGGACGGGGCACCAGAAGGAAGUACGACGGCUCCCGUCCAACUUUCUCCCCUCAGACACCGGCCCCAGCAAGACGGAGACGCGAUGUGAGCCAGAACAUCGUCAUCACUGGAGUGAGCACCGGAUUUCAUUUAACUGAAAAAUAGCCAACUUAAUGAGCUUGAAUUGAUAUCAAAAUUUAUAGCAGCGGUCCCGAUCAAUAAAAAAUAAUAAGUAGUGUAAAUAAAUUUUAGGGUUUGAUUCAGAAUUUAUUGUAAUGAGAAUCUGAAAUAAAUUUUGUCUCUAAC